UAAGCCCUCUCACUAGCUCCACCCACAGAGGAAACGGCAGCGGUCCGGACUGGCUGACAGGGGAAGAGCCAGCCAGGCAUUGCAUCGUGAUUGGCCCAGUGAUUCUUUUCGAAGUUUGCAGCAUCCAGUCGGAAGGUGCGGAGCGUUGUAAAGCGGUUCUAGGAAAUCCUCCGCGAGAUUCUCACGGAAAGUAGUCCCUGAGGCACCAGCUUAGCCGCUGGCCGCUGAUUCUUAAGUCACCCGCAGCUAGCGAGGGGCUUCUCCCCGGAUCUAUGAAGCCUGUUUCGGAGACGGCGCGGUGUAGAUCUGUGAGGGUGCAUGGUGCGCGCCGACACGUGCGGGCGGCAGCGGCGCAGAGAUCUGUAGAGUAACGCCGUCCGCCUGGGAGGCGGGGCCGCGAUUUGAAUCUGCUGGCGGGCGGCGGAGAGUGAGGGGCGGGGCUGCUAAGGCGGGCUGCGGGGCUGCGGGGCUGCGGGGCUGCGGGGCUGCGGUGUCCGCGACCCCCGACUGGACCGCGCUCGUUGUCAUUUUUCGAGAAAAGCCUUCAAGCCCCCAAAGCGGCUGCCCGGGAGGCACGGCCCCUAGACGCUCUGCUGCAGCCGGGCGCCCCGCACCUCGGAGCGGAAGUGAGAGAUGGAUGCCAAUUCCGAGGGUGGCGAGUCUCUGGAAGCUAAGGGGCCUCUAACUCCUACCGCUGAAAAUGCCUCUUUGAUUUUGGGAAAUAGGUGUACAUCUCCUCAGAAGCGUUCAGCUGAAGUGACUUCCAGUCUUUGUACUCCAGAUACAUUUAAAUCACCUAUGAACUUUUCCACUGUAACUGUAGAGCAGCUGGGAAUUACGCCACAGAGCUUUGUCAAGAACUCUGCAGGAAAGACACUGUCCUCUCUUAAGAAAUCCCGAAGGCGCUCUACAAUCGGUGCUCGGGGUUCUCCUGAAACAAACCAUCUUAUUCGCUUCAUUGCUCAACAGCGCAGUUUAAAGAACACAGAGAAAUCACCUUUGCUGCUGAAUUCCCCUUUUCAGCACAGUCCUGGAUUAUAUAGAAAUGUUAAUUCUUUGAGAGAGCGAAUGUCUGCUUUCCAGUCGGCUUUUCACUCCAUAAAGGAAAACGAGAAAAUGACUGACCUUCCUAAAUUCUCAGAGGUGAAAGGAGAUUUUGAGAUAACAGACUCUGCCAAAAAGAAAAGCAUUGAUAAAUGUCCCCAGUAUGAGUUACCUGCAAAGUUAUUGUCCAAACGUCGGAGAAUAUCCUCUCACAGCAAUUCUUGUGAAAAUCUAACUGAUGCUGCACUUGGUCUCCAGAUAUUUAAUAUCGCUUCUGCUCCCAAUACAGACAAAACUUGUGCUGUUGAAACUUCUCUCCCAGGCUUUCCCGAGAAAUUUUCUGAGACUUGUUUAUCACAGUCUGGAUCCUUGGCUGAAGAGUCCGUUCCACUUUCGGAUAUCACAGAGGCUUCACUGGGGAUCAAGGUUGCUAACUGUGUGGAAAGCAAAGAGUCAAGUGGUGCUGUGGAGGUGAGCACAGAUACAGCUCCUGAAAUCAGGUCCCUGUUUUCUACACUGUAUAAGAGGGAAAUUCCACCUUCUGAGACCUUUGUCCUUCGUUCUGUACUGAAGAAACCUUCUGUUAAGGCAUGCGUGGAAAGCCUACAGGAACAUCGUGACAACUUCUGUGAAGAUGGAACUCAUCCAAAUUUGACCUCAAAACUUACAAACUGUUGCAAAGAACGAAAGACCGGUCAAGAAAGUUUUAAGGAACCCACCUCUUUAAAUAUGAAGAAGAGGAAGAGAGUUACUUUUGGAGAGGACUUGAGCCCUGAAGUCUUUGAUGAAUCCCUGCCAGCAAACACUCCACUACGCAAAGGAGGAACUCCUGUUAGUCGGAAGGAUGUGAGUGCUGCUAGUCCCCUGCCCCCUGACCAGUCUCCGGUGGCUCUACCCCUGCCACAACCAAACUUUGAUGAUGAUGACGACAAGGAGGAGAAUCUUGAAAAUAUAGAGCCUCUUCAGGAAUCAUUUGCAGUUCUGAGUCCUCUUAAUAAGUCUUCAGCCUCUGAGACACUUUCAGGGACUGAUGUUAUUAAUUCUUCAAAUAACCACGAGAAUAAGUCCUCCCAUAAAGUCGGUAGAGUAACACGACCCUCAAACAGAAGAAAUGAAGGAACUCAGGGCCUCAUUCAUGCUACAGGACCAGGCUCCAGGCUCCUGUACCAGUUGGUUGGUUUCACAGAAGAGAGUGCUUGCAACUUACAGAACACCACUCAACCUUGUAAAGAAAAGAAAGUUAAGAGAAAGAAGUCUCAAGAAAGCAAGCGCACAGACAAAGCACUUCCUAAAAAGAAUCAGGUUUUAAAAACUGGCAGAAAGAAGAAAGGAAGAGGAAAGAAAGCUGUCCAGAAGUCUCUGUAUGGGGAACGAGAGAUUGCUUCUAAGAAGCCACUCCUGAGUCCCAUUCCUGAACUGCCUGAGUUCUCUGAGCUGACACCCUCAGUCCCAGGCACCCAAAGCACCUGCUUAGAUAACGUCAACUCAGAUAGUGAGCUUGAAGAAGGAAACAUUACUGAAAGAAAGAAUCUUUGGCCAGAGAGCCCAGAUUUACAGCUAUACCAAGGCUUUACUGAAUGUGAUGUGUCUGAGGCCUGUAGUCUCUGCAUAAAAAGUUCCUCUUCCUCUUCUACCUCUACUUCUGAUCAAGACACACAUAUAAAUGCUAAAAAAGUUUAUGAAAAUCAAAAGCUUCCAAAAGCUGAAAUCAAAUUGGAAAGUGAAAACGAAGUAGAAACAGGGACUGAAAAAGAAAGCAAUGCUAUUUCUUGUAAUUCUGUGAUGGCACCACACACUGUUGCGUACGACCCCAAACCUGAUUAUCUCAGGGAGUCCCAAGAAUUCUCUGCUACUGGUCAACUUGUGAAAAACCUUCUUCAAAGAUCAGAAGGUAUCAAUGUAAGAUGUAAGGAAAAGGUUGAUAUCUUAGGAUCUCGAGAAGAAAAGCUGCAGGCCAGGCAUUCCAUGCCCAACUCACUAAAAGAAAAUGAUUGUUCAGAUGGUGUCUUAAUUAGUAGUAUAAAGGAAAGUCAAAGUGAGGAUUUGGGAAAAGCAGCCACAGAAAAUAGUAGUGGAGUAAGUAGUAGAGAAAGGAAACAGAGAAGGCGUUCCAUGUGUCAUCCUGAUACUCAGAGAAUACAUUUGGAUAAAAGUGGAAAUCGGCAGUCUUCUGUGAGCAGCUCCAUAGAAAACGGUUUAGAAAAUUGUGACCUGUACAGAGACUUAUCUGACGCCAUCGAGCAGACUUUCCAGAGAACAAACCGUGAGACCAAAGUCAGACGGAGCACUAGGCUGCAGAAAGAUCUGGAAAAUGAAGGGCUUGUGUGGAUUUCACUGCCAUUCUCUUCUGCUUCCUGCACUGCUCCCCAGAACAAAAGGAGAACAAUAUGUGCAUUUGACCACAAAGGGAUGGAAAGUCUAUCCCCCAGAAAAGAAAUGGUGUCCUCUAAACAAACAGCCCGAGUGCCCCCCUCCAUCCCAGGUAAAGAGAACAAUAAAGGUAAAAAGAACAGGGAGGGUUUUGCUGCCGCUUCAUCUAGUGUGCCUGGCAGGAGGAGGAGAAGCUUCUGUACAUCUACGCUUGCCAACACGAGAAAUCCCACUCGGUCACAGCCCUCGAAAGAAGAACCUUUCUGAAGCAGAGGGCGAAAACCCUCUUGAGGACCCACCCAGCAGAGAUCUAAAGCAGGAACUGUUGUCUCUUGGCAGAACACUUGGCCAUGUGGAAGAUACAUUCAUUCUAGUUUCCAUCCUUUGUUCAACCUCAGUGUUUUCAAAGUUUCAAAUAAAACCAUUUGAGUUGAACCUA